UUUGUGUUCUUUUUUUUUAGACGUUUAAUAUAAUGAGGGAAUCACGCUCUGUGCUAUUGAAUUUUUGUUCAAAGAUAUUUAUAGGAAAAUCAGGUCGAUCCUGGCCGUUGAUCGGGACCGAAAAUGGGAACACGAUGGACUUCACUAUCCCGCCAAUUCUCGGCGGCUUUUUCGUUGACAGAAAUAGAUCAAACUCAAGGACAAAGUCCAUGUUAUGUGGUCAUAUUUCCAGAGGAAGCACUUAUCGGUGUUCACUGAUAAUUAGGUUUCCUAUGUACAGUCGCCUUGUGACCGCUUUACGUAAAAUUACUAUGUCGUCCGUUACAAUACCAAAAGUUAUUUUCGUACUUGGUGGACCAGGGGCGGGUAAGGGAACCCAGUGUGCAAAAGCGGUGGAAAAAUUUGGUUAUGUUCAUCUUUCGGCUGGAGAACUUCUCCGAGAAGAGCAGCAUAAAACUGGAUCAAAAUUGGGUGAAAUGAUUGAAAAGCAUAUGGUUGAUGGAACAAUUGUACCAGUUGAGGUAACUUGCAGCUUACUAGCUCAGGCGAUGGACAAAUUUGCUGGGAGUACAUUCUUGAUUGAUGGAUUUCCUCGCAACACAGAUAACCUUGAAGGAUGGAACAGAAUUAUGUCCGACAAAGUGAACCUUGUUGCUGUCUUGUUUUUCGAUUGUUCCAAAGAAACUUGCAUCGAACGAUGCCUUCGUCGAGGGGAAACUGGCAGUGGGCGCAGCGAUGACAAUGAGGCAACCCUGAUGAAACGUUAUCAGACUUAUUUAAAUGCAACUCUACCUAUCAUUCAACAUUAUGAAAAAGAAGGAUUGGUUCACAAGAUAGAUGCCUCUAAACCUAGCGACGAAGUAUUUGAGGAUGUUGAGAAAAUAUUGGAGUCACUUUAAAUAUACAUAUGUCACUUAUUCAAAUGCGAUAUACCAAUUCAGCUCUAGAAGGGCUCUUAAUCUAGCUAGAUCGUGUAAUUACAAACACAUUUAUUUUGAAAAAGCUUUAAAAUUAAUAAGAUGCCUGUCAUUAUACAUAAUUGAGUUGUAAUCAACUAGAUGUACAGUGAAUAUCUACUCAUUGUGAAACCAACUUUUUUUAGUCCUGCAGGAUGAUAUUAUUUAAUCAUUGUUGCAAUCAUCAUUCCUGUUAUCUAUUGAUAAAUUGAAUUAUAGCACCUAUGAUGUAUUAUGACUUAUGUACAAGUAUAGUGAUGAGCACUUGCUAUGAUAAUAUUAAUAAUAAUUUUAAUAUUCAGACUAAUAAUGAUGAAAUUUUUAAUUGUUUAGAGGAUAGGAUCACCAAUUGAACUUGAUUGUCAAAAACUGUAAAUACAACGAACUACCACCACCACGUUUAUGUAUCUAAGGAAUAUCAGAUAUAUUGUCUAUUAAUGAUUAUGGCGUGAUAACAACAAUAAAGGUAAUCAGUUGAACUCGA